AUGGAUGAUGAAUUGAAUGCAACAUAUAUAACUCUUGGUGGGUAUGUGGAAAUGGGCAAAUACAGGUAUUUAUAUUUUUGUAUUAUGUUCACAGUAUAUAUUCUAACAAUCUGCUUUAAUUGCACCAUUGUGUACCUUAUUUCCAUACACAGGAACCUCCAUGAGCCUAUGUAUAUUUUCAUUGCAGCUUUGCUACUGAACUCUAUUAUUUACAACACUGCUAUGUACCCAAAGUUGUUAAGUGACUUUUUAUCUGAAAAACAGAUCAUAUCGUAUUCAGCAUGUAUCUUUCAGUUUUUUGUAUAUUACACCUUAAGUGCUUCAGAUUUCUUUCUGUUGUCAGCCAUGUCUUAUGACAGGUAUGUGGCUAUAUGUAAACCUCUGCAAUAUCCAACUAUCAUGAGAAAAUGCACAGUGAGCAGCAUUCUGGUUCUAGCAUGGCUUGUACCUGCUAGUCUGGUUGCACUCUCAGCAAUACUGGUUACUAAUACAAAGUUCUGUAAUUUAACUUUGAAAGCACUUUUUUGUAACAAUUCACUUUACAAUCUCUUCUGCGAGAGUUCAAGAGCACUAUCUAUAUUUGAUGUGUUUGCUCUGCUGAGCAUGGCACUUUUCCCUUUGCUCUUCAUACUGUUUACAUAUACCAGAAUACUUAUAAUAUCCUAUCGAAGUGGUAGAAAUGUCAGGAAAAAAGCCGCACAGACUUGUUUACCCCACCUGAUAGUUUUAAUCUGCUUUUCAUCUUUGUGUGCAUAUGAUGUUAUAAUAAUUCACCUUGGAUCUGAUUUACAUUUCAUAAUGACUUUACAAGCGUUUUUCUAUUAUCCUCUGUUAUAUCCAGUUAUAUAUGGACUAAAAAUGAAAGAAAUCUCUAAACAUCUAAAGAAGUUGUUCUGUCAAGCCAAAGUGAUGUAA